AUGGCAAUCAAGUCCUUACUUAUAAUCAACAAAUCUGGGGGACUAGUAUACCAACGUGACUUCAUCCCGUCUCCUCAUGGUAAAAUGAAUAGUAACGAAUACCUAAUUUUAGCCGGUACACUUCAUGGUGUGGUUGCCAUCGCAAGCCAACUUACGCCAAAAGCCCUUCAAGUAUCAUCGACCCAAAAUUUAUUACCACUUCCUUCUCAAGCAACAGCUACCGCCGCCAACGCAGCCAAUGCAACGAAUACCGCCAACAACGGCAGUACCACCGCCUUAGGCGGUUAUGGUGAUGGUGCCGGCAGUGGAAGUGGUAGCGGUAGUGCUGCUAACAGUUCCCCAUCUGCGGCAGCUGCUGCAACUGCGGUAGCUGCAGCUGCUGCUGCUGCCCCAGAACAUACUGUUCCUUACAUACCAUCACUGGGAAUGGCGGCUAAUGACUCAAAACCCCCUGGACGACCCAUGGGCUCAUAUUUAGCCCCUGAUUAUUUUUCAGAUAGCUUUAUCAGUUGGAAUAAAUCGGGGUUAAAAAGCAUUGUGACCAACGAUUUCUCAAUAUUUCUGUACCAAAGUUUGACAGGGGUCAAGUUCGUGCUGAUUAGUACUCAGCAAAGUACUUCAAACGCUGCGUUGCAUCUAGCAGACAAUUUACUGCGUAAAGUUUAUUGUCUUUAUUCAGAUUAUGUCAUGAAGAAUCCCUUCUAUUCUGCGGAUAUGUUGAUUCGUAGCGAACCGUUUGAUAAGAAACUACAUGCCCUUGUGGCUAACUUGUAA